GGGUUCGCGGCACUCGGUACUCAGCGCGUGAGCCCUCGUCCACAUUGUCGCCAUGCCCGCCGACAUCAGCCAGUGGUCCGGUCCGCUGAGCCUGCAGGAGGUGGACGAGCGUCCCCAGCACGCGCUGCGGGUCGCCUACGCCGGGGUGGAGGUGGACGAGCUGGGCAAAGUGCUGACGCCCACCCAGGUUCAGAAUAGGCCCAGCAGCAUUUCAUGGGAUGGCCUUGACCCAGGGAAACUCUACACCCUGGUCCUCACCGACCCAGAUGCUCCCAGCAGGAAGGACCCCAAAUUCAGGGAGUGGCACCAUUUUCUGGUGGUCAACAUGAAGGGCAAUGACAUCAGCAGUGGCAAGGUCCUCUCGGAUUACGUGGGCUCUGGGCCUCCCAGUGGCACAGGCCUCCACCGCUAUGUCUGGCUGGUGUAUGAACAGGACAAGCCACUGAACUGUGACGAACCCAUCCUCAGCAACAGGUCAGGAGAUCAUCGCGGCAAGUUCAAGGUGGCGGCCUUCCGCAAGAAGUAUCACCUGGGAGCCCCGGUGGCGGGCACAUGUUACCAGGCGGAGUGGGACGACUAUGUGCCCAAGCUGUAUGAGCAGCUCUCUGGGAAAUAGAGGAGCUGUGGAGGCCAGCGGUCCUGGGGACCCCCACAGUAUUGUCAAGUUGUACAAAGCAUGCUGUUUCUCCUCCUUUCCUACCCCCUCGCAGGGAGUCCUGAGCUGUGCUAGGAUAGAGGUGUAGGGUGACCUCUUGCUGCCCAUCCUUAUGAUUCUAAUAAUCGUAUCCAGGUUUAUGUUUGCUCGAAUUUAGGAUCCAUCUAGGGGGUGUUUGGUGUUCUGAUGGAGUCCUUGUGUUAAUUUAAGAUUUGCAACUCUGAAAAGUAAAGACCUCAGCUCCAUGUGAGGGUGAGGGCUGCUGUUGUCUGCACAUGGUUUGACAGGGACUCACCUAGAACCAGGCACGGUGGCAUCUUCUGAGAUGAGUUUUUAGAGUUCUGUCUCCAUCUGAGACAACACAGGGUUUCCAUCUCAGCUGGGGCAGGCGGCUGCACAGGCGUUGGUGUCCUGUGGCUGAGGCGAGGCCCCAGAGAGAGCGCUGAGUCUUGCUUCUCAAUAGUGUGAGCAGAAGUUCCUGGAGUUGCUAGGUGUGUUAAUCUUGUCUGUACAUCAUCAAAUAAAAACAAAGGCAUUGGA